GCAAGGUCCCUUUCUUCAGCGAUGACCCAUAAAAUAUUGGAAAAAUUCACAUAAAUAAUCUAAACUAUCGGUGGUCUUCCAAAAUUAAUCCCAAAUAUUAGUUAAUCCGGUAUAAUCUAAUUUAUAAGGGGUAUCUUCUCAAAACAAGUCGGUAACCUGAAUAAACCUAUCCAGCAGGUCUAUUGAUAUAUGGCUAGGCCGCCGCCGCCACCCUCCCUAUUCAUCUCAAAAAGCAUAUGGCCGUCUGCUAUGUCGUCUUCACCAGAAGGUUGACACCCCUUUUGGCCCCAGUAACGGGAUGACGAGAGUUGAACCAUAAAAAAAGCCUUUAAUGGCUAUUCCUCAGCUGACUGAGAUAGAAGCAUGGUGUGACACAGAAGACAACAAAUCGUUCAAUUUAGAUCCAAAAAGUUUCUAGCAUUUAGGCUCGGUGAAUUAGUUCCUCUCCUAACCCGUCAAUUGCAUCUGGAGGCAAAAAGAAAAAGAAUACUAGAAAGAAUUGAAGAGGAAAGAAGGGAGGAACUAAGGGAGGGUAAAAUAGGGGAAAUUGCAAAUAAAAUAGGGAAGAAAUUGCUGCAGGUACGAUGGAGAAGCAUUCCCAACACUGCAUUUUUUCACCGCGUGUUGGUCGGUGAAUCGCGGGGGAAGACCACCGGAGUAAUAGUCGAUCCGCCAUAUGCUUUGCCAUGUUUUCUCAUUAGCGACCGUCGUCCAUGACACCCACAAGGAGGAGAAAGCUGGAAGGUGGUUGACAAUGACAAGAAAUGUCUGGACGUGGACAAAAAAAUAGAGUUUACUGCUAGUGCUUUGCAUUCAUGUACUGACAUCUUUUACAUCCUUCAUAUUAUCUUACAAAUUCGGACGAGCUUCAUUGCUCCUUCUUCGCGUGUAUUUGGAAGAGGCGUUUUAGUUGAAGAUGCCUGGGAAAUUGCAAAAAGAUAUUUGUCCUCUCAUUUCUUUAUUGACAUCCUUGCAGUUCUUCCCUUGCCCCAAAUUGUGAUUCUAAUAGUAAUUCCUAAAAUGAGAGGCGCUAAAUCUUUGAAUGCCAAGAAUUUGGUGAAGUUUGUGGUGCUCAUCCAAUAUAUUCCAAGGAUCUAUCGAGUUUAUCCGUUAUAUAAAGAAGUCACAAGAACUUCAGGCAUACUUACUGAAACAGCAUGGGCUGGGGCUGCAUUUAAUCUUUUCCUUUACACGCUUGCUAGUCAUGUUUAUCCGACCGAUUCUAUCAACAAUCUCAAGAAAGUAUAGCGUCGGAUACACCUGCUCAUAUCACUUUUGGGGAAAUGAAAGACGACAAGGACAUAAAGGCACAAAUUCAUGAAUAUCAAACGCUUUUGGAGGACCUCAAAGGCGUGCAGAUCGAGCUGCCCGAACCUUUUGUUGCCGGGAUCCUCAUUGAAAAAUUGCCCGAGUCGUGGAAGGACUACAAGCGCGACCUCAAGCACAAAUUUGGACCCAUGUCAUUAAAUGAAGUGAUCACACACAUUAUCAUUGAAGACACCAAUAGGAGGGAGGGCUCCAAGGCUCAAAUCAUGCAAUACACCUCCAACGCCAACCUAGUGGAGACUCAAAACAAAAGGAGGUAUAAUAAUAAUAAUGAAGAUAAUAACAAGCCCAAUUACAAUAAGCCUAAAUCUAACACCAGCUUUAAAAAGGAAAAACAUUGUUAUGUGUGUGGAAAACCGGGACAUUUUGCAGCACAAUGUAGGAAACGGGCAACUAUGAGAAACAACAAACCACCUAGACCAAGUGCAAACUUGGUUCAAGAUGAUGAUGUCAUUGCGGCGGUUGUUUCUCAAACUUGUUUGGUGUCCGAUGUGAAUGAAUGGGUGGUAGAUUCUGGGGCUACCAAGCACAUUUGUAAAAACAAAAGUGCUUUUUCCUCCUAUACUCCUAUAGGGGAUGGUGAAGAACAAGUGUAUCUUGGUGACUCUCACACAACCAAGGUGCAUGGUAAGGGAAAAGUUGUUCUUAAGCUCACAUCGGGGAAAACGUUGUCCUUGAAUGAUGUGCUUCAUGUGCCUGAAAUUCGCACUAAUUUAGUCUCGGUUUCACUUUUGGGGAAAGCUGGAGUUAAGGUGUCCUUUGAAUCGGACAAAAUUGUGAUGACUAAAAUAAUGUCUUUGUGGGAAAAGGCUAUUGUAAUCAGGGACUGUUUGUUCUCAGUGUUUCUGAAAUAAUGAAUUGAAUGUCUUUUGCUUAUUUGAUCGACUCCUUUAAUGUGUGAC